CUCCAGGCAGUGAUGGCGGAGGUGGACGAGACCGACAUCAUGAUGAACUACAACGGAGAUUUCUUGAAAAGCGACAAGAAAACCAGCCGCUACCCGUACUGCGUUGUCUGGACACCUAUUCCCAUCCUAUCGUGGGUGCUCCCCUUCAUCGGUCACAUGGGCAUAUGCACCUCUUCUGGAAUCAUACGAGAUUUUGCAGGAUCAUACUUUGUCUCCGAAGACAACAUGGGCUUUGGUAGACCAACAAAGUAUUGGAAGCUCGAUGUGGAUAAAGUUUGUGGCAUUGGUGAUGCUACAUGGGACAAAGCAGUGCAUGACGCCUCCGAGGAGUACAAAUGUAGGCCGCACAAUCUGUGCUUAGAUAACUGCCAUUCCCACGUUGCCAUGGCCCUCAACCUUAUGCACUACGACAACAGCACGUCUUGGAACAUGGUGAACCUGUGUGCGCUGUCUCUUAUUCGUGGAAAACAUGUGAGCUGGGCUGCGUUCCUCAAGACCUGGCUACCCUUCUUCAUGCUCUGCGGAGUCCUCGCCAUGUUCAUCCUAACAUUCAACCUACAGUAG